GAACCAAAGAACUCUUCCCGACCAAUCAGACGUUUGUUUUGCUCCGCGAAGUGAGACACGAUUCAACUCGAAGUCGUUUUUUAAUAACAACAAGAAGCGACUUAAUAACCCAUCGUGACGUCAUGUAAACGAGACGUCCGGAAGGAGCUCGGCGCCGGAUCAUUUGUAGCAAUGCGAGACAACAGGUAGCCUCGUUACCUGGAGACACCUGGCUGCGGGGAGAAUGGACGUGGUCCGACACUGCGGGCUCAACCCUGCAGCUGUGGCUUAUUGUAUGACAACACUGGGAUCUGGCAUGAUCAAUAACAUAUUUAACUUCUACUAUGUCAAACUCUUUCUCAAUAAGUACAAGAUAUCAGAGGGAGUGUUCCACCAAUCACAAGUGGUGUACAUGGUGUGGAAUGCAAUCAAUGACCCUCUUUUUGGCUACCUGCAAGAUAAUGCCAGGGUGGCCUGCUGCUCCCAGAGGCGUCUCUCCAUCCUGUAUGGUGCUCCCCUCUACUCACUGGCUUUUCUUCUAGCCUGGUUCCCAUGGCAGACCUACGCCCCCGGUGACUGGUUGAUCGGCGUGCACUUGACCGUGGCGCUGUGUGCUUUUGACGCCAUGUUAACGUUUGUGCUGCUGGCACAAUGCGCACUGUUUGCAGAGAUAUCCAGCCACCACCAGAGCCGACUAAGACUUGUGAAGUACAGCCAGGUGGCGUCUCUCCUUGGCUCCUCCAGUGUCCUCUUCUGUGGUGUGUUGUCCAGAAACAUGGAGGACUUUGCGUCCUUCCAAGCCUUCACAGUGCUGAUCGCUGUCCUGAGCUGCGUCUGCAUGCUCUACACGGGCCUCCACAGUGAGAGCCGCUUUGAUAACAAAGGACCUGCGCAGCAGACACAGCGGUCUCCUGAUACGGCUUCCCAUCAAUCAGGCUUUUCCUUCUCCAUGUUAAGAACUUUGACGUGGCAAAUUCUGAGCAACCGGGACUUCCUGCAUUUUGUGUGCAUGAACUUCUUCCAGGUUUUCCUGUUGGCUUUCUUCAAUAAUUUUACCAUGAUAUUUGCUGAGCACCUGAUUCCUCCAGAUGUGCUUCCAUCACUGGCCAAGAGCAUCAUGUACGGAGCGGGAUUCAUCUGUCCACAGCUGUUAGUAUUGAGCUGUCAGAAACUGCUCCAGGAUCUUGGCUACUUCCGGAUAAUCCUCUUCACCUUCUACAUGGAAGCUGGAAUGGCAGCCGUCAUGCUCGCACUCGGUCCUCAGCACUACUAUUUCAUGGCAUUUUAUCUCACCGUUAGCAUGGUCAUGAUCCAAGCAGCCUUCAGCCUUUUUAGCUUGCCUUUGGCUGACAUCAUUGACACAGACAUGCAGAAGUACAAGCGCAGUUCCCCUCUCUCCUCCAUGGUCUUUGGGACGAAUGCUCUGUUCACUAAACCGGCUCAGUCUCUAGCCCCAAUGAUAGUGCUCAACAUCCUCAACCAGUGUGGAUAUGAACAGCUGAAGGACGCUGCCCGGGACUCAAAUGAAAGCGCCUCCGAGAGUCUCCACAGCGUCAUGUUCUACUUGGUGUGCCUGGUGCCCAUGUGCGUCGCUGCUCUGCAAGCCCUCGCUUGGAGGCCGUUUUCCAUACGCAACAGUCACACAGUCGACACAAAGUACGUCGACGGCUAACUUCAAUGUGCCGGGCUUCAAAGGAAAAGGUCCAAGAUUACCUCCUAUAUAGGAGCACAUCGUUACAAGGAUUAAGUACAAAUAUAUAUUUAGUUCAAUCAAGGACUUUUGUGUUUCAGGGUGGAUUUUUGGUUGUAUGACUUCAGUGACUUUUUUGUUGUAAAUAUAUACAACAUUAACAGUUGCAGAUUUAAUUCCUGCCUUGCUCCAGAAUAAAGUAAUUCAACGUGAUGCUCUGACCUGCAUUUCUUUUCUUGAUAUGUGGGGCUCUACAGACCUGUGUGUCUCUGUAAAUUAUAACCAAUACUUGAGGAGAGCUUACAUGUGCCUCUAAUGUCAUUACAUUGUUUAAAAAUGAUCUUAUGAUACACAUUCUUCUGAUUUGAAAUGUUGUGUUUUAUUUCCAGUGAUUUGGCUGAACAAUGUGUUUUGUACGCAACUAUUAUCAGAAUGUUGAGACGAGUUUGUGAUGCAAUGUUGAUAACCUGCUAUCAACCAUUAUGAAUCUUUUGAAGGGAUUUGUUGUUGUCUUCUAAGAGCCUUAUUUGCACUGUUGCACAUUUCCACUUUCCAAUUUCCACGUGAUCUGUGUUUCCUGAAAAUAUUAAUUACGUGUGCUACUUUCUAUUCCCGUAAAUUUAAAUUGUUUUUCUAUCGGAUGUGUUACCAUCACAAAUAUAUAGAAGAAAUUAAAUUGAGAAAUUAAAAUCA